AUGGCCAGAAACGUACGAAGUAGAAACGUGCCCUCUCGACGAGCCCACCAGCUCUCCGUCGAGCCCCAAAUCGAUCCACCCCAAUGUUCGCCGACCUUGUCCCCCUGUGUUGUUGUGUUGGUCCUGCCUCUUUGGGACCAUGAAGAAAUCAGAAUCAGGAAACGAUGGGCCAAAACCCUGGAUAUGCCUGGAUUUGCCGAGUUGUUGUUCCCACAUCCAGAGCCCAGAGCUGCGGCGUAA